UGGGUCUCCUGGAGCCUCGUAACCUGCGUGUUUCAGAUGAGUGGUACACUCGUUUCCGUGUGUCCUGGGACCCUGUACCUGCACGGGUCAAUGGUUAUAAUCUGGUCUAUACCCCAGUGGGCACGGAUAACACCAUGGAAGUGUUUGUUGGAGAUGUUACUACACACAUCCUGCCCAACCUGCAGCCUGGCACCACGUAUGACCUGAAGGUUUAUGCUCAGUAUGACGCAGGAGUGAGCGGUGCUCUGGUCGGACAGGGAACCACCUUGUACCUCAAUGUGACUGACCUCAUUACAUACAACGUCGGCUAUGACUCCUUCUGCAUCAGAUGGACGCCUCACCGAGCCGCCACCUCUUACAGGCUAAAACUCAAUCCUUUCAAUC